AUGGCUGAGCUCAAGCAUUUCUCCCACGAAUGUGCGUUGACCGUGCCUAAGAUGGUAGAAAACGGCAUCUGCAACAUCUGCUACAAAGACGAACCUGUGGAAUACGCCUGUGAGCCGUGUAACUUCGAUCUCUGCAAAGCUUGCUCCAAUCUACCCCUUAAAGUGUCACAUGAUUUUCACAUGGAGCAUCCUCUAGAGUUUUUUCUACGCCAAAAUGAUCAGAAACCUAGAUACAUCAUCUGCAGUGGGUGCGGGAACAUGUCUUCCGGAUGCUUCUACGAGUGUAAAGAGUGUGAGAUCUACUUGGAUAUGGGUUGUGCGCUCAUGGAGAACAUCUUCAGAGGUUGGGACGCCAAGGAACUACCGCUUCAUCAUGACAAUUGACAACCAUGCUCGCUUGGUUAAAAGGAAAUUCCUACGAUGAUUCAACAUCCUGUGCAUCCGUCACACCCUCUCAAACGCUUUGACUACAUACAAAACUGUGGUGCUCGUCAAACACAAUGUGACGCGUGCGGAGGGAGGAUACUCAGUGUACCGUUUGGUUGCGUAGAAUGUAAUUUCAAGCUACACCUAAGGUGUGCAGAUGCGUUGUUGCGAGGUCUGAUGCAUGACUCUCAUGAGCACAGAUUGAUUUAUGCAAAUACUUCUGGUGCUAUUCGUUUGGGGGAACGUAAAUGUCAAAUAUGCAAGGAAAAUUGUGAGAGACCUUUCUAUUACUGCAUCGAAUGUAAAUUAAGAUUUCACUGGAAGUGUCUUAAGAUACCCAGAUCUGUGGUCGAUAAAUCUUUUCACAUUCAUCCACUAGUCAGUAAAGUCUUCCUUGACGAUUCUCUUGAGUAUUGUGGCGUAUGCGAAAUGGUAGUACAUGCAGGAAACCAUGCUUAUUGCUGUGAAACAUGUGAUUUCCUUAGCCAUAUUGAAUGCAUUCUAAACAAGGGAGCAGCACCUUCUCCAUUGUACUUGAAAGAUUUGUAUUCUUGUAACCUAGACAUCACUGAUCAAGAUGACAGCAAAACCAUCCACUUCGAAAACAAACAUGUGGUAUGGCUUCUAAUUAUUAUUACAGUUGUCGGGCACACUCAUGUGCUAAGAUCCAUCCCUUUGAGCGAGCUUGGUAAACGUGUAGAUUGCGGUAUAUGUCGUGGAAAAAUAGAUGAUAAAGCAUGUAAAUGCGAGACCUGUAAAUUCCAGACACAUGAUUUCUGUGCGGAGCUAGGGAAAUCAAGAAUGCGUCAGUUUCAUUCAAGCCACCCUUUGACACUCCUACCCGAUUUCCUUGUUGCUGAGUUUAGUACUGUGGAUUGCGACAUUUGCCUUAAACCAAUAACUGGGUUUAAUCUCUUCUGUCGCACAUGCAGAUUUAACAUCCAUGUUAAGUGCCUCUCAUGGUUACCCAGAGGGCUGAAACUCAUGGUUAGAAACAAACAGGGAUGUUUCAUCGAGAACCAUCCCACGUUUGGAGUUACUGUUUCAAGCUCAUAUCUGACCACUUGCACUAUCUGUGAAGAGAGGCUGUGUGGAAAAAUCGUGUCAUGUAGAGAUUGCGGAGACGUAUAUCAUCCUUGGUGCAUUACAGAUAGGAAAAAAAGAGAAAAACUAUGCCGUCAUCCACUUCACCGUGAUCACGAUCUUAGAUUUUUGAAUGUAAGUGGAUCCAACUGCAUUUUCUGCAAACUGAAAAUUACAAAGUAUGGCUAUACUUGUGGCGAAUGCGAAGUUAGUUUCCACUUGAAAUGCGUCGAAGCAGUUGGUAUAUCAAAAAAGACCAAGUCAGUGAAGUCACAUUUUCACUGCCUCUAUAACUUUUGGGAAAAGCAUUCAACUCGAGUCUGUAGUGUUUGUGCAAGAGGCUGCGGUACGUCAUUCUAUGGAUGUAUCGAAUGUAACUUCAGCGCCCAUGUAGAGUGUAUUGGGUUUCCAGAUAAUGUAAAGAAUCAACGUCAUCAACAUACAGUCAAGCUAACUAUGAGCACUGGCAUCCAUAAGAAUAGUUGUUCUCUAUGUGGAUCAAAAUGCAAGACUAAUAUGAUUUACUCAUGCGAGCACUGCAAGAAAAAAUUUCAUAAGAAAUGCAUAAUGUCUACGGUUGACCGCGAAUUUGCAACAGAAGAGGAUCAGCUUCAGGACAUCUAUCUUAUGUACAUAGAGAAAUAUUUCAAGAAAAACAAUAUAUGGUGA